AUGUUUCUAGAUCGUCUACGUACUAUGCAGCCCAGCAGCGCGUACGUGAUGGAGUCCUUCGACGUUACCGCCCUUUAUACAAAGGUGUCGAAUGACUCCGCAAUGCAAGCCAUAUUCGAGCUCCUUAUACAACACGAAGGAGAAGCAGGCAUGUAUGGCUUCAAGAUAGAGCAGUUGAUGGCACUCUUAAAAGAAUGCUUGAGAUGCUCAAUCUUCAGAUGGUCCGGAAAGUACUACUCUCAAAUUAGAGGGCUGGCAAUGGGACAACAGUUGGCACGAAGUCUUGCCCUUGUGUUUAUGUUUAAGAUAGAAGGCACUGUUCUCGGUCUCCGGCCACUGCCCUACUGUAACGAAAUGGUUAGCGGCGAAAUGUAG